AAGACUGCGAAAUGAGGAAGGCACGCGACGAAAAUAGUGUCUUAGCAUAACAAAUUGUGUUUUGUUAUUGGACAAACGCCUCUACUCCACGCCCCGAGCUGUUUAAAAAGCCCCUCAAACAAGUUUCAAAACACUUCCGCGUUGUAAGGCACAAUAGGAGGGUGUGUUUCAUUCCCAGUGCGCGCUUCGACAAAUCGUACCUGUAAAACCGGGGUUGAGGAUUGAGGAUUGGGCAACCGGAAGUUUUCAGUUUUAUCGCAAUCCCUUUCGCAGUCCGAACGGCGGAGCAGCAGAAUGGUGAUAUCGGCUGAGCAUGAGCGCAACGGUAUAGCGGACUUCUUCACCCAGGUUGAUCCUGAAGUGCGCAAAGUUACGCUAGCGAUUGGGAACAUCAUCUCGAAAAACUCCAUCAAAGAGAUCACGCUGGAAAAGUCUUUAAACGUUAUGAUGGAACAUUGUCGUGAUGCUGGAACCUUGCUGGCCAAAAACAUAGUUAAAACAGAGUACCUCGUCAAAUACCUGCAAAGCUACAACAUUAACUUACCACAAGACAGUUCAAAGGCGAUGAUAAUUGAGCAUUGCUUGCAACUCUGGAGACGCAAGUACGGUAGCUCAACGGAUGCAUCCUAUGUACCAUCGUCGAACGACAUGCCGGGACCGUCGUCUACUUCGUACGCAUUUCCAUCGACAUCCGCAGACUCCAGCUGUUCAAGCGGGACCACGCUGCAAAACCACAUCGAUAAUUACAACGCACUGGCAGCAUCUUCGAGUGGUGUGUUCUUCAGUGAAAAUACAAAUGGACCCGGUGAUGAAUCGGACACCGAAGCACCCGGCCUGGAGCAAUAUCCGGUGAAUCUGCUCGCACUCGAUUACACCGUAUGGUUCUUUCUCAAGUGGAACCGCAACUCGCUCGACGAAAGUGCAUUUUGGAACGAUGCCAACUGUACAGUCAUGCUGGAGAUCAGCGAAACACAACAAGGCACCGAACAGGUGUGCGGGCCACAGGAUAUCAUCAAUCUGAUCCUUAGCCUUAAGUUCCAGUACAACUUUCAGCUAGUGCCGAACAUAAUGUUCGAUGGAUGCCAAGGGCGAAUUAUGGAGUCGGGUGUGCUGGCGCUUUCAUGUGGCGUCGUGUACAACAAUCAACCAGGACCGGAUAACCGGUUCGUGUGUCUGGGUGAGUUUGAAACGCUAAUCGGUCUUCGGCGUGAUCCGAUGGAGAAUAACAAUUGGAAAAUACGGAUGCUGAAGCUCUACAUACGGUAUAAGAAGGUGGACAAUCUCCCCGCGCUGGCAAACAGCAAAAUGCUCAACAACUGUCUAAUGAUUCCGUUAACGAUGGAUAUAGUUUAGGAGAUCGUUCAAAAGCCCAGUUACCGGAAAAUUCACUUCUCAUGCUCAAACACAACGUGCCUUUUAGUUGAUAGUCUGAGACUAUUGGUUGGUUACGGUG